AUGGUCGGCUUCAAGCGUUUUGCUAUGCUCGCGGCUGCGGCCUGCGCCAUGGCAGCCCCUACUCGCCGGGAGGAGGCUACCGAGGUCACCGCCCAGACUAUUGAAGGCAGCUACAUUAUCACCCUGAAGAACACCGUCAGUGUCGAGGGCCUCACUUCCCACUUGAGCUGGAUCAACGAUGUCCACUCCCGCAGUCUCGACAAGCGUCAGUUCCCCGGAGCUGAGCGCACCUUCUCCUUCAACAGUUUCCAAGCAUACUCUGGCAAGUUCGACGACGCCACCAUCGACAUCAUCAAGAGCAGCCCUGAGGUUGCCUCUGUUGAGCGUGAUCAGCUCUGGACUCUGUCCGCCAUUGCCACUCAGACCGGUGCUCCCUGGGGUCUGGGUACCGUUUCCCGCCGUACCUCGGGAUCUACCCAGUACCUCUACGACACCAACGCCGGCUCUGGCACCUUUGCCUACGUUGUCGACUCUGGCAUCAAUGUCGGCCACACCAACUUCGGCGGCCGCGCCACGCUCGGCUACAACGCCGCCGGUGGUGCUCACACCGACACUCUCGGUCACGGCACACACGUUGCCGGCACGAUUGGUUCCACCACCUACGGUGUCGCCAAGCUCACCAGCCUGAUCUCCGUCAAGGUCUUCGUCGGCAACAGCGCCUCCACCUCCGUCAUUCUCGCCGGCUACAACUGGGCCGUCAACGACAUCACCACCAAGGGUCGCGCUAGCAAGUCUGUCAUCAACAUGUCCCUUGGAGGUCCCAGCUCUACCGCCUGGACUACCGCCAUCAAUGCCGCCUACAGCGCCGGCGUCAUUACUGUCGUCGCCGCCGGUAACGAGGCCCAGAACGCUGCCAACGUCUCGCCCGCCAACGCCCCCAACGCUAUCACCGUCGGUGCCAUCACCAGCACCUGGGCCAUUGCUUCCUACAGCAACUAUGGCACUUCCCUCGACCUCUUCGCCCCUGGCAGCUCCAUCCUGUCCACCUGGAUUGGCUCUACCACCGCCACCAACUCCAUCUCCGGUACAUCUAUGGCCUCUCCUCACGUUGCUGGCCUGGUCAACUACCUCCAGUCCGUCGAGAACGUGGGUACCCCUGCCGCGGUCGUCGCCCGCAUUAAGGCCCUCGCCACCACUGGCAGAGUCACCGGCAACCUCAGAAGCAGCCCCAACCUCAUCGCCUACAACGGCGCUGGUGGUGCGUAA